UACCAACGAUUUAAACAUUCCAACCACGUGAAAGAAGUGAAAACGUACAAGUUCAAGAUUUAAAUUUAUUUCACUUAAAAAUGUUCUAUAUAAUUGGUUUAGGUCUCGGUGAUUGCAAGGAUAUUACCGUUAAAGGACUUGAAAUCGUUAGGAAGUGUUCCCGAGUAUAUUUAGAAGCGUACACAUCGAUUUUAACCUGUGGAACUGAAGCCUUGGAAAAGUUUUAUGGGCGUGAAUUAAUCGUCGCUGAUCGUGAUCUUGUUGAACAAGGCGCAGAUGACAUUCUAGCAGGCUCUGGCACAGAAGAUGUAGCACUGCUUGUAGUUGGAGAUCCAUUUGGUGCUACAACACACACAGAUUUCAUCCUAAGAGCACAAGAAAAAGGCAUUCCCUAUCAAGUUGUACAUAAUGCUUCCAUUAUGAAUGCUGUGGGCUGUUGUGGGUUACAGUUGUACAGCUUUGGUGAGACAAUUUCAAUUCCGUACUGGGAUGACACUUGGCAACCUGAUAGUUUUUAUGAUAAGAUUGUUGCAAAUUAUGAUAGGAAGUUACACACUCUAUGUUUGUUAGACAUUAAGGUGAAAGAACCUACAUUGGAAAGCCUCACAAAAAAGAAAAGGGAAUACAUGCCACCUAGAUUUAUGUCUGUGAAGGAAGCUGCUGUGCAAUUGUUGCAAAUUAUUGAUAGGAAACAGGCAGGGAUUAAAAAGGAUGUGUUUUGUAUUGGUUUGGCUAGAGUAGGUGCUGAGAAUCAACAGAUUGUUGGCUGUAGUUUAGAAAAGAUGAGUGAGGUUGAUUUGGGGGGACCUUUGCAUUCGUUGAUUAUCGCUGGUCCGGAUUUACAUCCAUUGGAGGUGGAAUAUAUUGAGCAAUUUACAAUAUAAAUUGUUUAAAUUUG